AUGGUGGUGAUAUCAAUUUGCCUCGUUGUAUUAUUUUUAUCAGCGCAAAUAAACGCUGUACCAACUUUGAAUUUAGCUGAGGAGAUAGCAGUUCUUAAAGAAAGACAAGACCAACAAACGCUUGUUUUCGAUGCUCUUCAGUCGAGAGUUGGUGUUCUGGAAAAGAGAUUAAGUCUCUCUCAAGAUCUUACAACAGAGAUUCUGGAAUCUGUCGACGCACAUUUGAUAACACUCUCUCGCAACGUGGCGUUUUUCGCUCGUCUGGACAAAAGUUACGAUGAUAUACCGGCUUGGAAUACAAUUGUGUUUAAAACUGUUGUGGCGAACAAGGGAAACUCAUACAAUCCAAUGACAGGAGAAUUUUCUGCUCCAGUCAAUGGUACCUACGUGUUUUAUUCCAACAUCCUGGCAAAAACAGGUCUGUCUCUUGAAACAUCUCUGCAAGUCAACAAUGUUGAUGUUUCGUUUCUAUAUUCUGGAGGAACAACAACUUUUUUUGGUUCUGGAAGCAACAUGGCAGUUCUGGAUCUGAAAUCUUGGGACACAGUUAAAAUGGUGAAACAUGGACCAUUCGGAAAGGGGCCAUUCUAUGUUCAUUCGGAUUGGAGUACGUUUUCUGGAUUUCUUUUGAAACCCAAUUUUGGAUAA